AUGAUGAUGAAAUCAAUCCUUAUCACAUUUAUCAUUGCAUCAGCUUUGUUAUCAAGUGUUUUUGCAGAUAUUGGUGGAAAGAGAACUUUAGUUGUUCUUGAUGAUUUAUCAAUUAAAAAAACUCAUUCAACCUUUUUUAAAAAUUUAGAAAAUAAAGGAUAUAAAUUACAAUUUGAACAAUCAAAUACUAAAGUUGUUUUAGAGAAAUAUGGAGAUUUCAAUUUUGAUAAUUUAAUUUUAUUCUCACCAACAUCAGAAUCACUUUCAUUCUCAUCAGCCGAUGUAACCAGAUUCAUCGAUGGUGGAAAUAAUGUAUUAUUCGCUGGUUCAAAUGUUAUCUCUGAAAAUAUUCGUGACAUUGCAGCUGAAUGUGGUAUGGAAAUUGAAGAAGAUAAAACACUUAUUUUCGAUCAUUUCAAUUAUGAUAAAUCACAAUCUGAUCAUAGUGUUCUUGUUGCAGAUCAAUUUAUUGAUGAUUCACCAAUUAUUUUACAAGGUUUAAAUAAACCAAUUCUUUUUAAAGGUAUUGGUCAUAAAAUUAGAAAUAAUCCACUCAACUAUGCAAUUUUAACAGGUUCAUCAACUGCAUUCUCUGCUAAAGCUAUCUCUGGUGUAUCAACUAAAUUAAUGGGUAAAUCAUGUGGUUUAGUCUCUUCAUUACAAGCACGUAAUAAUGCAAGAGUUACCUUUUCAGGUUCUCUUGAUUUAUUUAGUGAUAAAUCAUUUUAUUCAAAAAUUGAUAAUAAAGAAUCAGGUAAUAAAGAAUUUGUUGAAAGAUUAGUAUCAUGGACAUUCCAAGAAAGAGGUAUUCUUAGAGCUAGUGAAUUGGAAUUAGUAAAGAUUUCAACUGAAUCAAAUUCAACCGUUGCACCAGAUGUUUUCACAAUUAAGGAUGAAGUUAAGUAUAGUUUAAAAGUUGAGGAAUUUGAUGGUAUUAAAGGUAAAUGGGUACCAUAUGUAGGUUCACUUCAAUUGGAAGUCAUCAUGUUAGACCCAUACAUUCGUACCUUUAUCAAAGGUGAUGCCAAUGGUCUCUACAAAAUUCAUUUCAAACUUCCAGAUGUUUAUGGUGUAUUCACAUUCGAAGCUUCAAUUCAUAAAUCUGGUUAUUCAACUUUGGAUCAUAUUUAUCGUAAACCAAUCCUCCCAUUCCGUCAUGACUCUUAUGAAAGAUUCAUUCCAGCUGCUUUCCCAUAUUAUGCAACUUGUUUCUCUAUGCUCAUUGGUACUUUUAUUUUCAGUAUCAUUUUCUUAUUUAACAAAGAUCAAUUAAAUAAAUAA